UUGUAUGUACAAUCUGUUCCGAUGGAAAAACGACGAUGGAAGCAGUACAAGGAAGAAAAAUGCUCUGAAAAGGUUGAAAAAUUCACUGAACGGCAGUGAGAUGACGAAACGGUUUAGUGGAUAUCUACAGAAUGUAAGUGCCAAGCAAGCUCACUAGAUUAUUAAUGGCUGAAUGUUUGUGGUUGAAAAUGUUGCCUAUUUGUGCAGAAAAUUUUGAAAUCUAGAGUUUCUAGAAUGACAUUUCCAGCUUCUAUGGAUUAAGAUUUCAUAUGCGGAAACCAUGUUGUUUUGUCCAUUUCUCGUUCAGACACCCUCAUUUUAGGUUCUCCCGAUCUCAUCUUUCAUUGGGGGAAUUAGCCCCUACCCUUCAACUUUUAGGGGGAUUAUAACCCCUCUAUUCCCUCCCCUGUGUCCGCGUUUAUGGGUAUCUGUGACAAGGGCACGUCGUUGACUCUGUGUUCUUUUUAGGACGCGCACGAGUUCAUGAAUAUCUGUCUUGACCAAAUGAAGGAGGAAGUCCAGGAAGCUUUGGGGGAGAAAUCUGAAGAUAUCGCAGCUAAGGUAUUUAUAGAGCUAUUGUAGUAGUGGUAGUAGAUUUAUUCAACCUCCCCGUAGGGCUUUUCAGGUUUAAAUUACAACUUACAUUACAUCUUGAAAUUUACAAUAUAAAAAGCGAAUAUCUAUUAUAAGUUAGUAAAAAAAAAUUAAAAUGUUAAAAGUACAUUAAGAACCAUGUACAUCAUAAAAUCUAAGAAUAAGUUCCUUUCAAAGCUGAAACGUUUGAAAACUUUUCAUGAAGACGUUUCUUCCCUGCUUUCUUAAAUUGGGGUAAACAUUUUAACUUUCAAACCCACUUUUGUUUUUCAGGUUUGUCCUGUGGUCAGGAACUUUGAAGGAUCUCUAAGAAAAUACAUCAAGUGUAAAGGGUAAGCCUAUAAUAUUUUCUCAUAAAGCCAGUUUAGGUCAUACAAAAAUAAUUUUCCCGACUAACAUAAGCAUAUUCAAAAAUUUUCGACCAAGAUAAGCAAGGCUUUCAAAUUUUUUCACCGCAAACAUAACAAAAGCUUUAAAAUUGUUAAAAUUGCCAACCAUUUCAUAACUUUGAGCAACUUCGACCAUAUUUUAUCCCAAACUUUGACCAAAUUUUCCUAGUUUUACCUUCAAUUUUAAGCAAAUAUCAAUUCCAUUUUGACCAACUUUGGGCAAAUACCAGUUCCAUUUUGACCAACUUUGACCAAAGUUUGAGUUAUUGAGGGGGGGGGAGGGGGUGUAACACCCCCCCUCCCCUAUAGCGACGACCCUGUCUCCAGCUAUUCAAAAACAGCAAUGACACUCAAGAGAAGCUCAGAUUGAACUUCCACUCAUUGAGUGUGAGUGAGCUUUUAGAAUACGGGCGAUAGUGUUUUUCCAUCUUGGAGAAUUCCCUGUACUUGUAUUUCGUUACAUAUUUGAGAAAUCUUUUGUUUUCUCGACAGAUGCAAAGACGUUGUGACGAAAGAUGAACUGUUCAACCAUUUGUCCCUAAACAUCCCUCAUAAUCAAUCGUAAGUUGAAUAGCUGAUCAGUGUUUGAACUUUGAAAGAACAGCCGGUCAACAGGCAUUGUCCGGUCAGUAUAGACAAUUCCCAUUAUAGACUAAUUUUUAUCUUGGCCAAAAAAGUAUAACUAAAAGUCUAUAACCACAUUUGGGCCGAAAAUGGUAGCAAUUUCCGCACGCAAUACAAAAGAAAGCAAAAUUUGCAAACUUUGCACGGGAAAUUUUUUACUAAACUACAGUGAGUCUGUCAUAAUAUUAUUGUGUUUUUUUUUUUCUUACAGACGUUCGCCCACAAAAGUACAGCUGACCAGAUUGUUGGGGCGCUUUUUUCAGGUGAGUGGCCGCAAAUGAUGACAUGUUGGUCUCGUUCUGAAGAAACCCAAGGUGCUUGAUAAAUAGCACUCCUUAGUGAUUCAAGGCGCUUUGUCAAGGUCAUUUUCCACUUGCCCGUACCGUACAUAGAUAUAUUAUAUACACUAGAUAGCGCAUCUGUUUUAGUAAAAUUGAAGCCAAGAAUAUUCCAGCGGUUACCUCCAUUUGAAUAGAUGGCGGCCAUGUUGGAGUUUCCCACUCGCUAUAAUAAACGCUUAAAAAACAACAAUAACUUUCAUCAUUUGAAUAGUUUGAAAAUGUAUUUGGAAUAGGUUUAACUUAAUGUUUAAGUACCCUGUUUAAGAAAUAGAAAACUUACGAAUCUUCUCAUUCAUGGGAAUAUCCUGAGUCUGCAAUCACGGCUUCAAUUUUUGAAUUGCAGAAUAAUUAGAUGCACUAUCUAGUGUAUAUAAGAUAUCUAUGGUACCGUACCAUGCCGUACCGAAACGUACUAGUGAGCAUGCGUAGAUUGAAAAGAGAUUGAUAAAUUCGCGUACUUCCGGGUGUAUUCGCGUAUAUCAAAAUGAAAAGUUGGCCGCAAGUCAACAUUUUGGCCUACUAUGGAAGUACCGUAAACCUCCGACUAUAAGCCCUGGGCUUAUACACUUUUGUAAGCGAUUUUUGAUGGGCUUAUAUACAAGGAGGGCUUAUAUGCGGGGGGCUAAUACAUGGACGAUCUUUUGUGUUAGUAAUAAACAAGUCAGACAUAAACAAGUCAGUCCUAAACAGGGAAUAAACAUGUAUUAAUAACGCGCUUUGAUUAACAUAAUAAGCUAUAAAGACAAUGACAAUGUUUUUAAAUAUCGUUCUCUGCUAUAUUAAAACGUAGUGGGUUACUGGCCUUAUUUUCGGGGGGGGGGCUUAUAUUCGGGGGGCUUAUAUUUGGAAUGAGGUGAGCGUUAGUAUAUGUGGUGGGCUUAUAUUCGGGGGGGGGGGAGGUUUACGAUAUUAACCAAUCAACAUUCACCAAAUUUUGAAAUUUCAAAAAUGUUUUGAUACGUUUCGGUACGGUACGCUUGAAAUGGAAAACUGGCUUUAAGCUCGCGCAUCGAACGCCUUUCCGGGCAAGCCUUGAAGUGGCCUGAUUUAUAUCGACUAUGGAUCUAAUGGAUGCAUCAUCUGUCAAGAAGCGUCUACAUUUUAUCCAUAAAAUCUGUGUAUUUCAUUGCAGGCUGAAGAGCUGGAAAGAAGUUGUGAAAAAUGCAAGUGUGCUACUGCAGUGCAGUAUCUGAAAAUACGAACUUUGCCCAGGUAGCUUAUGAACACCACCACAAAUUAUGAAAUAUUGAAUGUCAUGAUUUUUAUCAUGUUCUUACUAAUGUUCUUAAGAAUGAAGUUUUUAAGAAAAAAGUAUCUGAAAAUACGAACUUUGCCCAGGUAGCUUAUGAACACCACCACAAAUUAUGAAAUAUUGAAUGUCAUGAUUUUUAUCAUGUUCUUACUAAUGUUCUUAAGAAUGAAGUUUUUAAGAAAAAAGUAUCUGAAAAUACGAACUUUGCCCAGGUAGCUUAUGAACACCACCACAAAUUAUGAAAUAUUGAAUGUCAUGAUUUUUAUCAUGUUCUUACUAAUGUUCUUAAGAAUGAAGUUUUUAAGAAAAAAGUAUCUGAAAAUACGAACUUUGCCCAGGUAGCUUAUGAACACCACCACAAAUUAUGAAAUAUUGAAUGUCAUGAUUUUUAUCAUGUUCUUACUAAUGUUCUUAAGAAUGAAGUUUUUAAGAAAAAAGUAUCUGAAAAUACGAACUUUGCCCAGGUAGCUUAUGAACACCACCACAAAUUAUGAAAUAUUGAAUGUCAUGAUUUUUAUCAUGUUCUUACUAAUGUUCUUAAGAAUGAAGUUUUUAAGAAAAAAGUAUCUGAAAAUACGAACUUUGCCCAGGUAGCUUAUGAACACCACCACAAAUUAUGAAAUAUUGAAUGUCAUGAUUUUUAUCAUGUUCUUACUAAUGUUCUUAAGAAUGAAGUUUUUAAGAAAAAAGUAUCUGAAAAUACGAACUUUGCCCAGGUAGCUUAUGAACACCACCACAAAUUAUGAAAUAUUGAAUGUCAUGAUUUUUAUCAUGUUCUUACUAAUGUUCUUAAGAAUGAAGUUUUUAAGAAAAAAGUAUCUGAAAAUACGAACUUUGCCCAGGUAGCUUGUGAACACCACAACAAAUUAUGAAAUAUUGAAUAUCAUGAUAAAAACUAAUGUUCUUAAGAAUAAAGUUCUUAAGAAUAAAAUGAUAAGAAUAAUUGGGUUACGUGCACUUUAACAAUAUCACAAUCAUGUUACCAUCUCAUUUUGACUCUAUUUUAUUUUUCAAAAAAAUGGAUUUCGAUAAGGAAAUUGCCCUGCCCCACCCAUCCUUGCACACCCUUUGCCAGAUACGGGUACACUUCCAGUGAAUUCAUUAUUUCAGCAUGGUAUCAUUGGUAUGAGGGCUUACGUGUUUUUGUUUUAGGGUAAUUAUCCUGCAUCUACUUCGGAGCGAAUUUGAUCAAUAUAGAGGAACACAGGAGAAGAAUUCGCACAGGAUUCAAGUGGAUAGAUUUCUUGAAAUAGGUUCGUGUUAGAUAUCUUCUUUUUAAAUAUACUGAGGGUCUUCUGGGCGGCAUGUUGGUCCAUUGCAAGGUACUGUAGCCCAAACUAGUACAGUCAUGGCCAUUGUUCAAUAUAAGAAUCGACCAUCGGCCAUUUUCCGAGCAAGGCACCGAUAUGGACGUCUACUGAUUGCUCUGCGCGCACAUUGUAUGGCCGAUCGUUUUGUCACAUUAAUUUAACCAUUUGGGUAAUUUCUCUUUCAUUCUUGCAAAACCGCAACGAUAAGAGACUAUAUCCUCAAGUAUAUCUGCAAGUAUAUUAAAUUUUAAAUUUAACAAAAACCUCGCAUUGAAUUCAUUGUAGGUAGUUUCUGCAGCUCUGACAUUUCUGGACCUCCACCAUUUGUUCCUAAGAAGACAAGGUAUGUGCAUGUGAUAAGAUCACUUUUGGUAGAGCCCACCCAUCAGUCACGUUUGA